UGUUGUCCUUCCCCUGCACCUCCAAUUACCACAGUUGGCUACGUACGGUGCAAAAUAAGUUUUACAUACACAUACACACAGACUGUGAACGUAGUGUGCCGAGGUGACGUUGUGAGCCAUCACUAAGGAUUAUACGUGAAAGUGCAUCUUCACACAAACAUGUCCGCAUGAGAUGGGUGAUAUUGAUUAUGUCUAUGCAUUUCACGUGAGGCUUCAGGUUGAUUUUGCGAUUGUUUAUGCAAUAAAUGAUACGCUAAUCUCAGUGCAAUGUCACUUUAAUUUCAGCCAUUAACGAUACAUUUGAAACAUAAAUGUGCAUUAAAACUUCAAACAAAUUGCUGGUGGGCUUAAAUUAUAAUCAUUGCUGGCAUCCGUGCAUCAGUGAUUUCCUCUAAAGUCUUCCUUUAGUAUUAAAUUGCCUAAGUACUAAUGUUGACACACACCACAACAUAUAUCUACAAUCUGCAUGAUUGAAGCAAUCUCCAAAAUUGGUUUCUACGUGAACAAAUUUCAUGAAGAUUGAAACUGUUCCACAUCUCAUAGUGGAAAUUAAGUUUGGAAAAUAAUUGUUUAAAAAAUGCAGUUUAAAAUAGUAGGUCUUUCUUUACCAUUUGACAACAUGAUAUUGUCUCUUAAUAUAAUGAUAAUCAGUGUCGUUCAUUGAAACUGCAUCUCACAAUGCUCUCACAAUGUGGCACAAAACACACGGAUGUGGAGUGUUUAUUGGGUGUGAUUUAUACAAUUGCUUGAAUUUAUAACCUAGAUUAUUCUGGAUUGAUUCAGGUCUCCCUUGGAAAAAAAAUUGUCUCAAUGGUCUGCAACCCGAUUACAACUAAAACACUUAUGAUAUUUAAUAUGCAUGAGGAAUAUGCCAACAUAUGACAACAUAUCCACAAGGUGUAGAUUAAUUAAAAUUGGGUAUUGCACAUAAAUGAAAUGUUUACAAAACAUAUUUUCCUUGAUUCUCUACACUUAUGGUAAUGGUAUUCGAUCUUCAAGAUCCCAUCCAGAACGAUGACGUGUGGCACAAAUAUGAACUCUUUGCAUUUGUAUUCAAACACUCCUGUUAAGGGUUGAUGGUGACAUGCCCACUGAAUUGGAAAUAUCUAUUCCCAGUUGGAAUAACAUUCAGAACAUUUAAUGUUGAGCCACUGCCUGAAAUUAAGGGGCUCCGAGAAGGAGCUUUUAAAAUAUGAUUCUUGUUUGAUUUCAAACGUGGUUUCAAGAUGACUCGUCUACUAAGAAGUUCAAAGUUAUCACACAUUUCCUUCAACUAUGUACACUUCUUAACAAAUAUAGUGAAAUGCAUAUAAUCUGCAGCCCUCUUGUUUCACGACUCCUAACAUCGGCAACGUCUACUGGACAUCACCUGUGAAAAAGAGCUUUGUAUCACAUCGGAUUCCACCAAUGUAAAUCAAGAUUCUGAUAGAGAUUCUGAAAAUCAAGCAAAUGUGCGACUCCUAAUUAAUACCCACAGAUUGGCGUGUCUAAAUCACGAUGUUCAAGAGCCGCAUAGACGAUUGUGAUGGUGGCGCGGCCUAUCGUUUCAAGUUGAAACUCUACAUGAGAGCUGGUGGGGAUGAUGAUGAUGAUAAUGACAACAGUGGUUGGAGGGGAUGGAUCAUGAUGGCAACGAUUGAUGAAAAUGACUGAUAAUGAAGCCGAGAAUGAUGACGAUAGCAAUGAAGAACGAAGAUUGGAGGGAGGGGACGAUGUUUGACAAUGUUAAUGAUAUCACAUUCUCCACUGCUGUCACAAGCCACCACUUUAGCUGCGAGGUACAAAAGCAGAACUGGCCUUGUGGAACAUUUAUUCCCGCUAUCUAUUGCGCUAAAUUAAUCUCAUUAUCCCUGAUCAUUGGCACAUUUUUUGCCAAUUAUCGGAGUUAUUUCAGUAGACAUCUAUAUGAAAUCUGCCCCUUAAUCCGUGAAUGGUCUUAUCCGUGAUGGGGUACUCGCCAGCCAUCAUGGCAAAAGAGGAUUUCCACUGUAAUAUUUCUCAGAGUCGGAUGUAUGCAUCGUGAGUGCAACUUGAAUAGUGGCCGCUUCCUUAAGUACAGCUCAUUACGUAUAAUGCCAAUAGUGGUGGUUCUGGGAUACAAAUAGGUCACUGGCCACAAAAGCGGAAUUGAACAUUGGAAUUCAGUAUAUUACUCACUUUGCAAAUCAUUAUUUUAUUGCUGAAGGUAUUUAGCAUGCAGGGUGACUGGGAGGAUUCUCUUGAGCAGAAUAACCUUUGCAAGCACACAUCCUUGUCUUUAUAAUUGAUUAGUCCACACACACACAGUGGGCCUAUUUCCAUUUUUCAUCUGGAGAAUCCGGCUUGUUGAUUCCCUUGACCGAGCGCUUCAAUCCACGGAGAGCCGCUCGUGCGGAGAGGGACCGACCUUCGCCAGAUAAAAGGGGCAGUGACUUUUUCAAAGAUUCACAGGCACUUAUUGAGCCAUCACUCGUCAUCGGCUAAAGGUCCAAAGCAUCGUCCAAAUUAACCAAUUGGCAAUUCUGGCAUGUGUCACGUUGCUCGGUAUGUCUAGGGGUCCCUAUAACAACCAUCAGUGAAACCUUGGCCCACUUUCUGUUUCGAAUUCAUUAUCUUUGUGACACUCCUGGUGUAACGAGUUACAUUUUUUGCACUAAAUGAAUUCCAAUAAUAACAAGUACACUUUUUAUGGUAGCAGUCAUUCAGCUGAGGAAUGAAAAAUGUCCAAAAUGAUGUCCACCAAGGAGAUUUAACGAUUAAUUAGUUUGUGUACAGGGGGCUGGGUGGCCUAUUACAUCUCAGGAUUAUGCGAAGUGUCACUGGUUUGGGGAGGCCUUCAUCCAGCUGUGGAAUGACAAUGGCCGAUGAUGAUGUUGUUAUGUAUUUAUAAAUCCUGAGAGCGCAGCUAAUUUUUUUCAGAGGCAUUUUGCACGUUGACACGAGCAUGUUUUGAAAGCUGAUAAUAAUGCUUGGUAAAUACCGUAUAUGUGACUUUGUAAAACAUAUUUACUCCACCCCUGCUGAAGUUAUGUCGGUUUAUCAAAGAAAACACGGACCUAGUAAUAAAGGACCGUUGAAAAAAAACAUUAAUUCGGUAUUUCCUAUUUAAACAGUCUUCCAACUUUAGUGGCAGAUUGAUUAUAUGCGUGUGUGCAGUGAAAAGGCCUACAGACUGAAUAUGCAGAUGUCGUUGUUUAUUUGGGCUAAAAGGCCCACCGGUGACAUUUGACCAGAGUGUGGUUGGGGCCAGCAACAAAUGUCUCUUGGAAAUGGGUCGGGGCAUUGGAAAGAGCUAGCUUCCUUCAUGUAGUAUUAUUUAUUUAUUUCAUUUGUCUGGUUCGCAGGCAGUUUGCAUGUGAAAAUGAGAUGUCAUAGCCCCCUGCUGUGCCUAGAAAGAGCAGUCGACACGCAGUGUGACAAUUACAAAAUGAAACAAAUUCAAACGUACUUUAAUCUGCUUUUCGACAAUCAUGUAUUGAAAUGUGGCAUCACUUUUUGCUGUUAUAGAAGGCAGUGAGCAUAAUAAACAUCACUCGCCCGCCUCUCUCACAUUAGCCGAUAUUUAUUUUUAAGCUGUGGUGCAUGGGGUGGAGGCAUUGCAGCAGUAACAGGAUUUGGGAUAACUGUCAAAUUGAUGUCUUGUUGCAAGGAAUAUCACUUUGGUCAUAGCAAACCUUAAAAUAUCGUAUACAAUGCCUCUUUAGCAACUUGUACUUAAGGCCAGACACAUACGCAGCUACAAGUGUCGGUACACACACAUUACUUGGCAUUCGUUUAAACAAUCAUUUCUAAGUCACUCAUAGUUCACUAUAAUUGCACUGAAAAUGCUAUACUCAUACUUUGAUAUGUAAAACACAACAAUGGUUAUAGGUAUUGUCUUAUAUUCAUGUUUCAGACGUAUAAAUAUGUUGCCAAGAUUUUACCCCUACAGUGUUUUUCAUUUCCAAUGCCAAAUUUAUUGGUUUUCAGAAAAUGUUAUUGGCCCUAAAAAAAAUUAAUAAGAUAAAAAAAACAACGGUGUAUUGAUUGAACAAACGUUCCUAACAUUAACAUACCCUAACAAUAUUUAAAUAUUCACACCGUCUCUGGCACCUAAUUAUCGGUGUGUGAAUUGCCAGAUGCUUGAGGUGCAUUUCUUGAAGGUGCAUCAGCAGCGGAGGUGCGAGGAUGGCGCCCGUCUCCUGUUUUUUUUCUUCCCACCGUUAGGCCCCUUCGUCUCCGGAGGCCUCAUUAUCUCCCACCUGCGUGCGGUGGCUUGCACCGGCACCGGCACAGCCAUCCGCGCUUGUGCCGCCAUGUUACACCGCCAAUUAGGGCCCUCGAGACUGGCUGGCUGAUCUGCAAAAACAAACUUCACACGCCAAGAUGAUGUCACACCUCUUCUCUGCUACCCAUCAAGUCAUAUGAGACUCCACACUCGGCGCGCCAUGGCUUGCAGAUGAGUGUGCGGGGCACGCGACAACACAAGAGGGAGGAAGGAAGAGGAGAGUGACGGCCAGCUCGCCUCUGUGUGGCGUCCAGCAGCACGGAGUCGCGGUGGUGAAACGAGUCAAACGGCACUUAGGAAGCAGCAUGUUUGUAUCGGCACCAUGGACAGCCCGGAGUAUUUGGACUUGGAUGCCAUCGACUUCAGCGAGGAGGGGAUUUCGGAUGCCGCCUCAGUCUGCGACAGCUCCUCAGGAAGACCCUGUGGGGAACUCGGCUCCCCAAGCAACAGCAGUGUUUUGGGUGGUUCGCUUCACAAGCUCAACCCAGCCGUGCCUGGAAUGUUCUUGGAAAGCAAAUACCGGCCCGUGAAACGCGUGCCCCCUCUCACCCACCAGCCACCGGAAACUGGCCCAGCUUUGCCUCUCAAGCCUCAGCAUCCUGUCUCAGCAGGGCACAGUAGCUCGUCACUCCUCAAACCUCAACAUCCAGUGGUGACUGGGAGUGUAUCAAGCCCUCUGAAAAAGCACGCAUCACAGCAGCCAGGGGCUGUGCAGCCUAAAGUCCUGGCCCAAAUUGGGCACGAUGCACAGCUGGGUAUGAGCAUGGGCAAGCAGGGUGGCUCAACCUUGUUUGCGGAUGCCAAAGUGGACCAAAGCAAAGCCACGGACAUUGGUGUCAAGAUGGGGCUCAUCGGGUCUCCAGAGCGCCAGAGCAAAGCCCGGGCUUCUCCGUACAGCUUCCAAUUCUUGUGGAAGUCCCUCGGAGAACUGGAACACUACGAUUUAGAGUUAGAUGAAAUUUUGGACGUUCCAUAUGCAAAUUACCAGUCAGCUGCCAUGGACACAGGCGAGGAGCGAAAGCCCGAGCCUCAGUGCAAGCUUGACAGGGCACAGAGCUCGGGUCUUUGUUUGUCUGCCACAGAAGCUCAAUGGGACCCAGUGAACGGCAAAACUGUGACGAGCCAGAGCCACACGGCCCCACAGACCAAAGCGGACGUGCACACAAGCUCAGACGAAAACGGCAAAGGCAAGGACAGACAGGGAUGCACACAACCGCACGAGAUCGACGUACAUGAGCAAGACCUCUUAGAAGCAACGACGACAGGUCUCACGGUUGGCUCUCCAUCAGGUGGGGCAUUCAAGUGUCCCGAAGCAGAAGUAAUCAGCCAAACUCUACCCAGGGUUCUGAAUUCCAUCUCGGAGUGUGCGGAGGGCGAGGAGGAGAGAGGGGCGGCUUGUCAGAGUGUUGCGAAGGAUCAUGCCGCUCGUGGUGCGAUGGGAAUAGAAGUUCUGAUGCCCCAGCCAGAAGAGAUGACCAAGGCAAGGAGCAUCAUCACUGCUAUUGCGGAGGGCCAUGUUUCCCUAUUGCGCAAGCAGCUGUCGGAGAGUGCGGAGAGGAUCCGUGACGAGGGGGCAAACAACGUCCUGCACAUGGCAGCCGCCAGCGGGCAGCUCGAGUGCCUGCAGUACCUGGCCUCUGCCCUCCCCGAGGACGGGCUUUUGGAGCGGAAUGCAGAGGGCCUCACACCCACGGCCACCGCCAUCAAGAAUGGUCAUCUGGAGAGCGUCAUGUGGCUGGUGUCGGAGACCGAGGCGGGCGCCGAACUGAGCGUCUCCGUGGAGAGGCCCGCGCUGAUACACUUCGCGGCACGCUUUGGACAGGAGCGGAUCCUCGUGUGGCUGCUGCAGUACAUGCAGGAGGAGGGAGUGUCCCUGGACGGCCUGGACCCGGACGGAAACAGCGCGGCGCACGUGGCCGCUCGCGAGGGCCACCUGGCCUGCUUGCAGACCUUGGUGGAGUACGGAGCGAGCGUGACGACGCUCAACAAAGUCGGGCAGAAGCCGCUGCAGUGUGCAGAGAAGCACAGGCACCCGACGUGUGCUCGCUACCUGGUGGUGGUGGAGACUUGCAUGUCACUGGCGUCCCAGGUGGUCAAGCUUACCAAGCAGCUCCGAGAGAAAACGUCUGAAAUUGUGAAGCUGCAGAGCCAACUGCAGGUCCUUACGGGUGGGCAGGCAUCGGCCAGCAUUCCAGACAAGGUCCACCCGGCACGGUGGUCUGGAUCGUCGCCUGAUUACAGCAGGAGUUCGGGAAGCUCUCCAGAAUCUACGCAGCUCAGCAGCGUUGGCCGAAGCGCAUCACAAGAACUUGUAAAUGCAAAACCCAUUGGCAGUCAGACGGGCGGGCACGGCAGCCAUCUACCCCCCAAAGCAGGCCAGGGAUUGUUUCAGGGGGCAGAGGACACCGAUACGGUGCUCAGAAACCUCCUGGGUGAGGAGAUCUCUGGACAGAUGCUAAAGGAUGAGAAGCUGUCACUCGAGUUUCCGGAUAAAGACAAAAAAAGAUUCAUCCAAAGGCAGCUGCACAACAGAAAGGCAGCUGGCCCUGGCGCUGGCAGGCCGGGCUACGUUGGCGGCAGCCCCUCCGACGGGAGACCUUCGAGCAGCUCCAGCACAGACUCCAGCUCGCCAGUCAACCAACAGAGGCCCAGGCCGCGGCCCAUCGUGGAGAAAGGCGAGAACCUGCACUUUGUGCUCAAAAAGCACGCCUUCGAUGGCGGCAGGGCCCAGAGCUCCUCGUCGCCAGACAGCGCGGGCCAGGGAAGUGACCCUGGCGCUUGGUCCGCCCCCAAGAUGUCGCGCUCUGUCUCGCUGGACAGCGGCACGGCGCAGACGGAGGGCGGCUCGUCGUCGAGCGCCUCCACGCCCGAGUUGCGCUCGCCCAAGUCGGAGCGACGCUGCAGCCCCAAGAGCGCCCUCAAGUCGCCGACGUCUCGGGGCAAGAGCCUGUCGGGCACCAAGCUGCGUGUGACAUUCGAGGAGCCCCUGGUGCACGUGGCGCCGCCACCGGAGCCCACGCAGCCGUCCGCCGAGCCGUCUGCGGACGGUGGCUCGGGCCCACGGGCCGGCGGCUCGCCGUCACGGCCGGCUAAUAACAUCUACUCUGUCAGUGCAUGCCGCAUGCUGGAUCAGAGUAAAUGCUCAGGCACACAAAGUUGUGAAAGCGCUCACGAGGAGGUCAACCGGAUGAAAGCUGGGACGGACAAAGGUCCUGCUGAAGCCCAAGAAUUCUUCUUGUGACCAUUCUCUACAGAGCCUGCCUGGUUUCAUCGUUGAAUGCACUGCUAAGCCAUGACCCCUACAGUCAUUUGGUCUUCCAAGUGGAGAUGUCUCAUGGAAUUUUAACAUCUCAGUGGGCUAAGUUAUGAAAAGAAACGACAACGGACUUGUACAUUUUUUUUUCCGGAGAGAUUGAAAGCACAUGUUGGGUGACAUUGACGAUGUUUGACAAUUGCAUUUUUUCUUCACGCCAUUAACAACCCCACAGUCUUCCCAAAGAAGUGGUGCUGUACAUAGAGCGCGUACCAAAGUUUCCCAGAGCCACUACAUUCAAAAACUGCCGUCGACACAACGAUGUUUAGAUUCAUGAACUCCGUGACCUGCAGAAACCCAGGCACUCACCUGGUGACACCAUGGAAAUAUUCAUUUUGAAAUAUGGUACCUGCUAUGUGGACUGCAAUUUUAAAUGACACCGGGUUUGCUAGGAUUAUGAGAGACUUCAAAUGUACAAAAAUGUAAAAAUAAACCCACAACAACGUUUAGACACUUUGUAACAUAAAUUGUGUUUAUUUUUUACAUCAGGUGGACUUUUUUUAACUAGGUAAUGUUAUAGCUCGUUAUCUUUUUCUAAGGCUUCUGAUGUAGCAGCACUGCAGCCUUACAUUUCCAGCUGCAGUGUAUUUUUAAAAAUGAAAAUUCUAACAAGGACGAAAAGAUCACUUCAUUUUUUUUAUUCUUGGCAUGUAAUGCAAUGCAACAUUUUUUUCUAACUAUAUUUAACAAAGGACUUCAACUGUAUUAUUAAAUGUAUGUCUUUUUUCCUUUCGUUUUAAUGCUUCCUGACUACGGUUGAAAGCAUUUAUACUUUAUUUCUGUCAGUCCAUCUGUAAUGGGAGGGGGGGAGGCAUUGUGAAUCUCAUAAAGUUGAUCCAAUUCGUAUAAAAUCUUACUUAAAAGUUGCCUCGCUAUAAGCCACCUAGCCCGAGAGAAACCCGGACUAAAUCGAUCAAAAGGGGCUGACCAAAACGUGACGAUAGAAAACCGGCGCAAAAAGGUUCAUCUGUGCCCACCAAGGUGAUGAUGAUGAUGAUGUCACGUGUGAUGUGCGCGCACCUUGCCCCUGCUUCCCGACGGCACCAUUAAGUGUGAUGCCGUCUCGCGACAUCACAUGACGUGUGACGUCAUCUCGUUGUGUGGCUUGGAAUGUAACGUCAUUAUCGCUAAUUCAAUACUUAUGAGGGCAAACGUGUGUUUGAAAAGCGCAUUCAGGAUCCAUGCGCAUACAUUAUUUUUCUCCCUUGUAUGUUUUCUUCGAUGAUGGUUCACUGGCCAUGACAGAUGAUUUGUGUAGAACAUACUUUUUUCACCAAUGGGUUAAUGCACUUGUAACUUCUGGUAUAAAAUCAUAUAUUUUAUUAUGUGAAUUAGCCAACAUGAUGAACUACGCCAUUUCUCUUAGAAGAUAAUAAUUUAUGAUUUUAACAAAUAACCCAUGAUUGCAAACAACAAAAAAGGAUGGAACUUUUAAGUCUACUUGCAUUUUACAUACAAUAAUUACUUUAAUCGGGUUAGUUGCAAAGUGGUGACAAUUUUUUCUUCUGGGUUAUGAAAAUAAUAAUCCACUCCCGAAUUUAUAUUGUGCAAUAUUCAUCGGUGGCCAUGGUGUGUCAUAAUUUACGUCUGAUAAAGCUGCAAAGAUCCAGGUGACAGCUUAACACCUUCUAAUUCUGACAACACAAAGUACUCGAUUAGAGUUGGUGGUAUGUUUGUAAUCUCAUCGCCAUAUCUGUAAUCCAACAUAUUUUUUAUUAUUGCCAACAAAUUCCUGUUGUCUGCCUCUUUGUAGAAGCAUUGCUGUAUUUGUUUAAUGUUUGGCUGUUGUGAGUGCAACACACAAUCAUUUACACACGACUGCUCUUUCAAAGAUCAGAAGGCCUCAAUGUAUUUGUACUUGUGUAAUACUUCACAAUGCACUUAGGGGGUCGGGCCUCAAAUAUACUAAUACCUAGCCACCUGAUAAUAGGUUUUUCCCCUAGCAACAAAACAGGUGUUAAGAUGUUAAAACACCAAGCUGAAACCUCUUACAAGGAAUCAUGUCUGCAUUAACCACAAUGCUUGUGGUCAGAAUGCAAACAAAAACAUCUGGUCCACACCAGAGACAGCUUUCUUUUGGGCCUCGUCUCAAAACGGUGUUAGACCAGAGGACGCCAAAACCUAGCCGCCUAUUAUUUUAGAGGGUAAGCUAUGGAAUAGAUUUACUUGGAAAUCUUCCUUUUGACACUAAUCCCAUUUAAUACCACACAACAGCCUAACCUUCAUAAGCCGGAGCAUAUGACUCGGGUGUAAGGUAGAGUACCACUUGUUCAUGUUGGCACACCUAAUCCCUUGUUAGAGCCCAACCUGUCAAGCCAGUGGGUAAACAUCAGACAUCAAGAUACAACAUUAAGUGUUUGUUAUUAACAUUUUGAAUCAUUUUUGUUACAAUUUUUUUCCAAUUUACUGCGAUGCACUGACACACGAUAUUUUACAGAAACGUUGCCUAGAUACGGCUACGCUCAGGUCUACCAAUCGGCUCGCAUUGCAAUGCGCUGUGGCACUGGCACCACGUGCUGCAAAUGCGGUUUGUUUUCUCUAACAGAUAUCUGUGGCUCGUCGUUCAUUUGCGUUUAUUGGCAGGCAAUACCAAAUCCAGGUUCGCAAAGUUCACACAACCAGAUAGGUAGCACCUGGAAUACAUCACGUCUAUUUAAUAAUAUCGACUGCUGCCAUGACGUUUAUGGUUUAUGUCAACAUCUUAUGCCCCAUCUUCAGUCAAUUUGGGGGCAAAGUCACAAAUAUUGCUCAGUUGUAACCGUUUAGCAGCUUCACUUAGAUCCAGGCAAAUUGAUUUGAACUGAGGGCAAUGAGCAAUUCUUUAAAUAUUUGAUUUAAAGCUUUCGUGACUGCAGGGAUUCAUAUUCUUGGUUCUUUCGGUAAAGUCACGUAGAAGGGAAACAUUUUAUUUUAUUUUAACAUUUUAUUGUUUUAUAUUUUUAUUAUUUGAUUCUUUCCCUUCUACGUGACUUUACCGAAAGAACCAAGAAUAUGAGCAAUUCUUUGUCACACCUGCCAAAUUUGUCUUUAAUGGCUAAAUCUGUGGAUCACGAUUUUUCUUAAUUAACUUACCUUUCAGUUCAACAUAUAAAGCAAAAAACGUUGCAAACUCUGAAGAGUGGCUUUUGUUCGACCGCUUAAUCGCACACUUAAUCUAGCUUUGGCCAGCACAUUGAGCAUCACCUCGUCAUGUGACAGGGACUUAUCCUGCUGUUCAAUGUAGUUUCCAAGUUAAAAGCAGAAUGCUGGACAAACAAGCAUCGUUCAAUGUAUCAACAGUAGCAUAAUAAUGAUGAACAUGGGGACAACUAUAUUUCAGUAAAUUAACACAAUUAUAAUUCAACCAUCCGUGAUUAGGUGUCUAUUUUGACAAAUUACAACCGAAUAAUUAAAUAAAAUAUAUGUGCUGGUUCUCCAAGUCAGUUGGCUCCGUUAAAAAAAAAAACUUGCAUUUCGAAAAGGGUAUUUUGUUUUCUGGUGUUUGGUAUCGUUUGCUCAUCCUUCACCGCUUUUGUUUACAGAGUUGAAGUGGAAUGGCAACCAUCUUUCAAUCAAUAAGUUGUGGUUUGGUGACCCUGCCUUUUCCCAAUGAACACAAUGUGUGCGUACAAAUAACUGUUCAAUAGCAAACGUACGUUAAAUAUUUUACGAGCUUUAUUUUUCUAGUGGGAAUAAAAUGCCACUUCUCAUCUCUGUGUGCCCUGGCCUUAAAAAAAUGAAUACAAUACAAACGCUAUAUUAUAAUGUCAAUGCCCAGAAAUGGUGUCAAAAGUGUUACUACAUAGAAGUAAAUUAUUUGUAUUGCAAGUAGUUAUGAACAGUUUAAAUUAUAGAAUUUCUGAAAAUAUCUUUGAAAUUUUGGCCACAUUUAAGAAUAACACGUGUUACGAAUUUAUUGAGACAAAAAAAUUAAGUUGGACUUAAAAAUUCAGAAAGGUCCAUAAACCAAACGUAAUUUUUUUCCUCUUCAUGUCAAAAUAUUAUUUCUAAACACAAGUGAUGUUUGAACUACGGUGUUGCUGUAACACAAUUGAACAAGAUAUCUUGAUAUAACCUUUGUUUUUGUUAUUCCUGAUAAAUUGCCCAUCGGUAUUUGGAUUAUAUUUAUCAGUGGAUGUGUCUAUGUGCUAGCUCUACGGUUCCCUAAAGGCAAGCCACAAGGUGCAUGUCUGCAGUUUCUUUAUAAAAAAAAACCAAGCGAAGAUGCUGAAAUGUGUUUUUUUGACUUUCCACCUGUAUAUGUAUCACAUUGUAAAAUAUAUUGUUAAACUGCA